AACCAAAGCUGGCUACAGCAGGCCCAUAGAAAUCAUUUAGACACCGAACCGAGAAUGCAGACGCCCAAGCUAGCCAUCUUGCUCGCCCUAGCCAUGGCAGCCGCCAUGGUUAACCUUUCCCAGGCGCAGAACUCGCCGCAGGACUACGUCUCACCCCACAACGCGGCCCGCUCCGCCGUCGGCGUGGGCGCCGUGAGCUGGAGCACGAAGCUGCAGGCGUUCGCCCAGAACUACGCCAACCAGAGGAUCAACGACUGCAAGCUCCAGCACUCGGGCGGGCCGUACGGGGAGAACAUCUUCUGGGGGUCGGCUGGCGCCGACUGGAAGGCAGCGGACGCGGUGAACUCGUGGGUGAACGAGAAGAAGGACUACAACUACGGCUCCAACACCUGCGCGGCGGGGAAGGUGUGCGGACACUACACGCAGGUGGUGUGGCGCGCAUCGACCAGCAUAGGCUGUGCUCGUGUCGUCUGCAACAACAACCGCGGCGUCUUCAUCACCUGCAACUACGAGCCCCGCGGGAACAUCGUUGGACAGAAACCAUACUAACUGUGAUGCACGUCUUCGCAGUACAUACAUGCAUGCAUACAUAUAGUCUCUCGUUCCUAAUCUCAUGCACCUUUGUAUUCCUAACUAGCUAGAGGGACCGAGCGAGUAAAUAAAAGGAAUGCCGUAAUAAGCCAUGUAUUCCAUCCUGGACUAUAAUAAAUAAUGAGCUCUUAUAUGA